CCAAGAUCUGCGAUUUCUGCAAACCCUUGAAUCUAUGUCGGCGGAGCAGCUCGAGGAGCUUAUUCCUUUUCUUCACGAACAAAAUCCACAAGUCCGCCAGAUCGCCCUCGCGAAUCUGGUCGGACACACGCCGAAGGAUGCGCCUCACCGACAGAUCUUCUUCGCGGGGUUGAGCACAAGUGGCUUGAAGCAGCAGGGGGACAGCCAGGUCAUUCGCGGCCUAAAACUUCUAUGUCGCGAUCAUCUUGCAACCGCUCACGAUGCCUUGAGGGCCCUCGUGAAUUUGUCGGACUCGUCUCUAAUGCUGGGACCCUUGUCGGAGCCUUCCUUCCUUAAUUUUCUUGUAUCAUACAUCCUCAACCCUCAAGCGACGCUCGCUGAUCUCGCGUCAAUGCUCCUGUCUAACCUGACCGCCUCAACGUCCAUAUGCUCAAUGCUGCUUAAUAUGACUGUAUCGAUACUUCCAGAUCCAAAGUCACCGACUCUGUAUUUUCCUGUACAAUCCCAGUGUGGAACAUGUCCCGCACCGGUACCCUACCCAGCCGGCGAGCCGCGGACUUUAGACGCACUUCCGCUGCUCCUAGAUACCUUUGUGCAAGGCGCCGCUGCAGAAGAGACGGAAGACAAGGAGAAGCGCCUCAGGAAGGGCACCCUGCACUUCCUCUCGAGCGUUUUCGCGAACCUCAGUACGACACCUGCAGGUCGCAUGUUCUUUUUAAAGCCUCGCCCAGUGGAUGCCACGAAGUCUGAAGGAGACCUGGAGUACCCACUGACUAAGCUCCUUGUCUUCACCGAACACAAGGACACCAUCCGAAGAGGCGGCGUUGCGUCGACAAUAAAAAACUGCGCCUUCCACGUACAGGCGCAUCGUGCGCUCCUGUCACCCGAGUCCGAACGUGUCGCAGUCCAGCCAUCCACCGCAGAAGCACCCGGUAUGGACAUCUUGCCCUACGUGCUUCUUCCACUAGCUGGUCCAGAAGAGUUCGAUCUCGAGGACCAAGAGCUUCUCCCGCCAGCUCUGCAGUUCCUACCAGCGACCAAGACGCGCGAGCCGGAUACUGUGCUGAGACUGAUACAUGUCGAAACCUUGCUGCUGCUUUGCACGACACGCUGGGGCCGGGACUAUAUGCGGAGCAACGGCGUGUACGAGAUCGUCCGAGCGCUGCACGAGAACGAACAGGUCGACAAGAUCUCGGAGCAUGUCGAGCGUCUUGUGAACUUUUUGAAGAGAGAUGAGGGUUCAGAUACUCAGGACGAUGCUCCGAGCAGGAUGGUGGAAGUGGUGGAAGAUGAGGGAGAGGACGAGGAUAGUAAAAUAGAGGAGAUAUGAACGAUCCAGACGUCCUGGUGUUUCUGCGUGUCUGACUGAACCUUGAGCUUGAGUACUUGAGUUACCCGCACAUGGAGCAUAGACUCAGAGGCCAGCAGGGCUGUGUAUUUUCCGUUCGGCAUCUUGACACCGUCAGGUCGAUUCCAACUGCAUCUCCCACGCUUCAUUGUUGUAUCGAUGGCUGUACGUUGCUCCUGAGGCAUACUUUUACGAGCACAAGAGGACUCGGACUAUGUAGCGGUGGACUCCCGAAUAAGGCCAGAACUUAGAAGUUAGAACGCCGGAGGAGCUCAGUGAGCGGGUGCGGGCACGUGGGGUUCGG